GACGUUUACGGAACCAGGAAGUGGCGGUCUCCAACGAGUCGGACCACUUUUCGAGCUCGUUCCUGUGAUGGUGGCCUCUGCGGGUCUCGAGCGGACUCGGUCGGCGCUGUGGACCAGGACGGUCCUCCUCUUGGUGCUGUCCGGCCUCCACGGACCGAGUUGUGUGGUGUCGGAACCGGGCAAAUGGACCCUGGACGUGGACAGCGACACUUUGAAGACUCACGGCCUUUUCGUCUUUGCUAAAACUCUCUUCAACAACAGCUUCAUCCAUCUUAAAUUGGCCAGCUGCAACUCAUCUUCCCCAGUACACUUGAACGUGUCGUGGUACCUGAGGAGUUCUCACUGCUACGAUGAGGUCUUCAGCCUCGACGUGAUGCGAGCGGAUCUGUACUUCAAGUCCACGGUGGUGAAUCCGGGAGGAGGAAGUGGUUUCUAUGUCUUCCACCAGUACCCUCCCAUCCCUUGCAAUCCACGUGAAGACCCCAACAUUUUUGGCCUGGAUGCCUUUGACGUGAAAACUCGACUGACGGAAUUACAGGCCAACGCAGAGAAGACCCCCGGCAGGAGGCGCAGGGAGGCGGAGCUUCCGAAACCAAAGUCGGCUGCAGGUGAAGCAGCGGCGGACAAGGACAAGGAGAAGAAGACGACGGCGACCUCUGAAGGAGAUGCCGGCGCUCCUCCCAAACAGGUCGCCGCACACCCUCACUUCGACGCGGUGGCCGAGAGCUGGGCGGACGGUCCGUACAUGUUUCUGCUCAGCGUCCAAGAGAUCAAAGACAAGAACCGGGCUCCCGAGCCGGCCCGCUGGAACCUGCGACUUGACGUGAGCAUGAAAGGACCCCACGACUACAUCUCAGCCUCGGAAUGGCCGCUCAUGCUGUUCUACAUGGUGAUGUGCAUCGUGUACGUGCUGCUGGCGCUCUUGUGGCUUCUGCUGUCGGCGCGCUACUGGAGGGACCUGCUCAGGAUCCAGUUCUGGAUCGGAGGCGUCAUCUUCCUUGGGAUGCUGGAGAAGGCCGUUUACUACGCAGAAUUUCAGAGCAUCAGAUACGACGGCUUGUCCGUGCGCGGGGCGGCGGUGUUCGCCGAGGUCCUGUCGGCCGUCAAGAGGACGCUGGCCCGCGUGUUGGUCAUCAUCGCCAGCCUGGGAUACGGCAUCGUCAAGCCCAGGCUGGGCGCCUUGCUUCACCGCGUGGUGGGCGUCGGCCUGCUCUACCUCAUGUUCUCCACGGCGGAGGGCAUCCUCCGCGUCAACGCCGAUCGCGGCGACAACGCCAGCAGUAUUCUUCUGUGCGACGUCGUGCUGGCCUUCACCGAUUCCUGCGUCAUCUGGUGGAUCUUUGUGAGUCUGGCUCAGACCAUGAAGCUGCUCCGACUCCGCCGCAACCUGGUCAAGCUGUCGCUCUACAGACACUUCACCAACACGCUCAUCUUCGCCGUCAUCGCAUCGGUCAUCUUCAUCGUUUGGACCACAAAGACCUUCAAGAUGGCCAAAUGUCAGUCUGACUGGCGCGAGCUUUGGAUCGAUGAUGCUUUCUGGCGUUUCCUGUUCUCCGCCAUCCUGCUGGUCAUCAUGUUCCUCUGGCGACCGUCAGCCAAUAACCAGAGGUACGCCUUCCGCCCCCUGGUGGACGAUGAGGAGAGUGACGAAGAGGAGGAGGAGCUCAUGGUGAACGAAGCUUUUGAGGGCAUGAAGAUGAGGGGCGUGAAGAACGAGACCAACGGGGCCGCCAGAGCCAACAAAGUGGAUGAAGAUCUGAAGUGGGUGGAGGAGAACAUCCCCUCGUCCAUGGCCGACGUCGCCCUGCCGCCCCUGCUCGACUCGGACGAGGUGAGUGCCCGAGGCGGGCGUCCAAUUCUUUGACACCCAAACGAGCGUUCCGAGAUAAGUCCCUCCAGAGAUUUUUUUGGGGUGCGCUGUGGGGGGAGAGGGAGGGAGACGCACACGAGCGGCAGGUUGUUACAAGGGCUCCAGAUUUUGAACGUGUGCCAAGCAGCCAAACAUGGGCGGCCCCCACCAGCAGGGGGCGCCAAAAGCCCCAAAGAGCAGAGCAGAGAGCGGCCCUUGAGAGGCAAAUUCACGCCAAGGCAAAGUCGCAGUUGCGUGCGCGCGGUUCGCCGGCUGCGGCGCUUAUGUAAAGCGCGGCUUACGUAAGGCGCUGUGGUCACACAAAUUGAAAACGGGGCGAGACCGUGCCGAGAAAUUGCAGCGGAUGAUGUUGAAGAGGUGGGACACCGACCGUCUGGAAUGUCCACACCGCGACGGGUAAAGUGAUGCGCCGCGCCGUUUUUUUUCAAAAGGACUUCGCUCCAACGCGUGCGUCGGAAACACGAUCGG